AUGAAUUCUGACAUGCAUGAAGACGAAGCUGAUUUAGAAGACAUUAUUUUUCGUGGAGUUACAUUAAGUAUUAAAAAACCAGAUUAUAUUGUAAAAACAGAUUCUGGCCAUAUUGUUCAAAUUAUGAAGAUCAGAAAACAGCAAAAUAGUGUGUUUUUACUUGGUUAUAGAUUCAAGGAUGUUACUGAUGUCUUUCAAUAUCCAUGUUCAUCAUCAAAAGUUGGAAUUAUGAAACUAGGAAGAUUGUCAGAGAGUCAAAAAGGAUAUUGUUUAGAAAAUAUUUCAAGAAAAUGUGUUUUUUUUUUAAAACAACUCUAA